AUGUAUGACAUGUAUAUAAACUACCUUCGUAUAAUACAAUAUGUGAUGUUUCUGUUACCACAAUUUGCGGUACACAACAUCCCCUUUAUCGAAGAGGAUUCAAAGUCCUCGUUUUCCUUCGUUUCUCCGGACGUCAAGAAUCACAUGAAAAUGUCAUGGGAG